AUGACAGACCUUCCUAUAGAAAUUAUCAACACCAUCAUGGAGAUCGCAGUCACCACUCUUGAUCCCCAAUCAGUGUCAUCGAUAACGCUCCUCUCACAACACUUCCGUACCAUAGCCAACGAAAAACGCUACUCUCAGAUUGGGUUCGACAAUGAAAGCUUUUGGAACGACCUCCCCCAAUUGGCAACUCUGAUUGAGGAAGCAGGUGGAUACCAAAUACGUGGAAUACACACAUUUAUCACCUCGCUCCAUAUCUGGAUACCGGAUAAAUGCUAUGCAGAAGCAUUACUACCCUACGUUACAAUCUUCAAUCACCUAUUCAAAGAUGAUGCCAUGCUGUGUACGCCUAUUCGAAAGCUGUCCAUUUCCGUGACCAACUUUGCAGCAGCGUUAUGUUUCGCUCAGGUUGCUGUUCAGGAACUCUCACAUCAACCUCUUGGAAAUGUUUUCCGCAACAAAUAUACCUUAUGA